GUCUAUAUAAAAGAUGCUGCGCGUAAUGCGUUGGUGCAUCGAUCAUAGAAGAUCAGCUGAGAAAUCAAGGGAAAGCAUUCCACACUCCUUUCUGCUUCUCAGCAGUCAUCAUUUCGACAAGAUGAAGAUCGUCGUUCUCCUUGUGUGUUUGGACGUAGCCUUCGCCCAGCACGGUCAUGAAUUUGAUCGUGAUGCAACACGCUCUCGUCGCAAAGUCUUGGCUAAUCACGAUCACGAUCAACAGACUCAUCAAGAAUAUCUCAUUCAUCGUAAAUUUGGUCGUGAUGCAACAAGUGCAGGCACACGUCUCGAAGACACCCAUGCUCGGAAGCAAUUGCCUGAACGUCCCGUGAGAAGAAAAAUUGGUAGCAUAGCUCAUAUGAAAGAAGCGCUCCCUCCCGGAUUUUAUGAAGCUUAUGAACCUGAUCACGAUCGCCAAGGUUACACAAAACCCAAAAAUAAUCAUGAAUAUGGUCCUGGUGCAAUAAGUAUACAAGACGCAGUUUCGGGUUCAGAAGAAGUUCCCAGUCCCAAGCGGUAUGGAUAUAAUAUUCCCGAUCGUCAUAGUUCCUAUGGUCCUGGGGCAAUAGGCUCACAUGACGAGAGUCAUUGUGAAACACCCUCACGACACAAAGGUUUGCCAGGUAGGGGUGGAGCAGAUCAAACGCAUGAGCAAGUCUACGACAACCGUGACCGUGAAGAAUAAGAUGCUGUAAUUGGAGGUAUGUAGCAGUCCUUGGUUCGACUUCAUGAUCAGUAUUAUCGCUGACUGUUAAUGGUGAAAAUCAAUGUUUAAUAAUAUAUUAUUCCACAUGUUGUAAACUGUAGUAAUGUUUCUUCUAUUUAACAGUUGAUGCGAAUUUAACAUCUUCAUGAGUGAUUUCCCUCAAAGACACUUUCGCAUCCUUGCAAUAUCUGUUUGUCAUGUUAUACGGCGAAUUGCAAGUUUUGCUCAAGAGCGAGUAUUAUUGGCAGACACCAACUACGUAAUAGGUUAGAAACUACAUAGUAGCGCAAGAUAUAUUGUUUUUUUAUUUUUGGUUCCUUUGCCAUCCCUUUUGGUUUUAUGUGGCGAAUCUUUUGCAAAUCUAUUGUAUUCUGCUUUAAGCUCCGCGCUCAGAACUCUUCACUGUGCUAUCUUACUUUAAAAAUCCUCUAAAGUAUUUGUAUCGAUGUUCACACAGAGUUCUAUAGUCGAUGGUGAAAAACCCGUGAAAAGACAUAGGUAACGAUUUUAUACGUCUUUGGGUAAUUGCUUCGAAAACUCUCCACAUUGUGAACAAGUUCAAACAUACUUUUUUUAAGCUUUGGCAGGAGCUUCUACGUCACACUUGGCGGUCGGUCGGUCGGUCUGUCGGUUGGUCGGGCUGUCUGUCCUCGAAAAUUGACCCCCAAAAAUUCACCGAAACUAAUUUGACGAAAGUUUUCGGAACUCCGGCUUUGUUUCGAUCGAUGCGCAUGCGCGAUUAUUUUGCAUACGUCCCCUAAAAUAAAACUACCAAUUUGAUAAUGAAAAAAAAAAUAAAAAGUAAAUUUAACACUAAAAAAAUUGUUUGUAACAUUUCAAAAAGAUGUCUAUGAACAGUUUGUAAAUGGAGGCAAAAUGUGUGAAGUAAAGUUACAGUCACGUGGUAUUUUGUGUAGUGGUUGUACGGUAUCUCGAAGGAGGAAAUGACAACAAUGUUGGCCAAAAGUAUGGUGUUCCAUAUGUGUCAUCGCCGUCGCAUCUUUUGCCAGCGCUGAUUGUGCACUCGCACGUGUUUACCUCACACUAGCGGAGACACAUCCAAAUAUCGGGAUUUUUUUUUAUAUGAAAAAAAAAUUUUUUUGGCCAGCCAGAGGUGCAAUCAGAUGGAAAUAUUGGAAAUUAGGAGCAAAAUCAAUCUCGCAAUCAGGCCAAUCCUCCAAGACUUGGAUGGCAACUCAUCUUAGAGAUUUCCAACCAUUUGCUGAGUUUUGUUGUUUUUGGCAGAUCGCAACUAUUCCGUAUGUUUGAUACUGCAGUGGAUUCCGUUACAGCGUUCCCUGAUAUAAGCUCUUUUUUCAUUCCCGCAGCUGUUCCCCUAUUCGAUUGUGUACAGUUUUCCGCGGUUGUAGCGCUCCCGGUUUACCUGUAAUUAGUUUUAUGCUUUAUGUACUUCAACAAUACGGAAGCUAACUGUCAUUCUUUGUGUUAAUUUUUCACAGAUUUUGAUGCGCCAGCAAUACGCUUCAAUUGUUAAUCCUUUUGGUUGAGGGUUUAAGUUAUUUACGACUUGAUACUGUAAUGUUAAUCUCACUGUUCUUAUAAAUGGUUAAUCUAUAAUUGUAGUAAAUCUUCAAUGCAAUUUUCCGGGUGGAAAAAAGAACAGCCAAAUCACUAUCGAAUGUGGUACAUCAUUGACUCAAUUUCUUCAGAAAUGUAGGAGCCUAUGCUUCCAGAGGAUGCCUUCAUACCGUUAUAUUUUCGCCUCUUACACCUGUUUGACCAUGCCAUUUACUUAUGUAUUUACUUCGUCGUGUGUUUUCUGCUUAUUUUAUUCAUUUGGCAUGGAAAUAAAUGGACGUUUGAAUUGAAUUGAAUUGAGUAGAAGGGAAAGGGCUGCUGUAGGUUCGCAUAUACAUUACAAAGCUAUUGGCUUAGUCAGUGCGUCAACUAACAGAGGAUGCUGUACAGACUUAAAUAGCCAGGCUCGCUUACGGUCCCACCAUAUAUAGACUUCAUAGGGAAUCAGUGCUCAUCAGUGAACAUUAAUUUUACUUUGCUUGUUCCCGUGCCUUAUUCCUCAACCGCUGUAUUAUUUAUCAAUGUAGAAUCAAGGGAAAUUACAGUCAUGUGGUUGCUAAGGCAAAGCGUCUGCCGUUGUUAUGCAAAGCUAAUCCGAUUGCCAACUUAGACGCUAAAGCAGAGCAUUGAAAUUCAUACACCACAAAAAAAACAUGGCCUUUUGAACGCUGUGUUUCUCGAAAAUGUGCAUGGUUUGGAUUAGGCCUGUCUUUAUCAUCAGAAAUAUUUUCCAGUUUUGCCACCAAAGAGCAGUGGAGUGUGUGCACAAACACAUUCCACUUUGCGUUUGAAAGGACUGCAUAGGCAGUUUGAGUAAUUCUGACAAUCAAUGCAAACCGUUGGCCUUUGUCAACCUCGCUCCCCAGUUCUACUUCAUUUCAACCUGGUUAUCAAAGGCAAACCCUGACUUGGUAAACUACUUCCUGUAUUAAUGCUGUAUCGAUCGCACAUCCACAAGGAAUGGAUAUCUGUAAACACAUUUGGUGGUUUUAAUUUUCAUCGUGUUACAUGUUAAAACAUGUAACACACGAUGGAAAUUAGAAUCACCAAAUGUGUUACAUACAAAUGCUUCACACGGAAAAUUGUUCCUCUUCGCAAAAGAUUCAGCAGUUCCUUUUUCAAUUAGCCCUAUGUUCAUUUUUGCGGGAGGGGAUUAGUAUUAAAUGCAGGCUAAAUUGGUGUCAUUAUAUUUGUUGGACUUUUUUUCAGAUCAGACGCCACAAUGAUUUAUAUAAGUUUGUAACUUAGAUACCACACUAAAAAAAGUAUUGACUCGUCACAUUAAAACACACCUGAUUAUUCCACACCUUAUUUUAAUAUCUUGGAUUUAGUAACUUUGCAUGUGAUUGGUUUGAAUUAAAUGAUGCAGGUACCGUAACGCAACGCUGUAA